AUGACGCAAAAAAGGAAGUUAAUAGAGCCAUUAGCCUCGGAAAAUUCAGCAUCAAAAAGGAAGAAAUUUACCGAUUCAGGAAAUUCGGCAUCAAAAAGGAAGAAAUUUGCCGAUUCAAGGAAGAAAUUUGAUAUUAAUGAAAUAGAUUUCAACCGUACUUACAACCUUGAGGAGUUUGAAUUCAUCAAAGACCACAUUAAGGAUAAUUAUCCCAACUUUGAGUUUGUAAAUGGAAAACUAGUUCCUGUUUCAUAUUCUCCUAUUGUAUAUGAAGCUAUUGUACAUGAAAUAUCUAGACAGCUUGGUAAUUGGAAUAUUAAUAAUUCCAAGAAUGGUGUUGUCACCACAUCUAAAGGAGGUUUUGAUUUUAACGUUUCUGGUGGUCAGAAAAUUCGAGCACCAAACGUUACUUUUACACCUGCCAAUAUUUAUCGUUCACUUGAUGAAGAACAACUUUGGUCUUUUAAUGGGCAACCCUUUACCCCUUUUUUUGUUGUUGAAGUUGCAAAUCUCAAGAAAAAAGAAGUAGAUAAAGAAAUUGAUACUAAAUUUAAGAAGGAAUAUUUUGCAAUUGGUACUUCUGUGGAGUUAGGAUGGUUAAUUGAUCCAUUGAAUCGCAUUAUCCAGGUUUACAAAAGAAAUAAGAAUGGUGAACCUUAUCGUAGAAAGCGGCCAUGGGUUUAUUUGGAAGGUGGUAAACAUUUACCAGGUUUUACUUUAGAAUUGUGGCCUAUUGAUGAUAUCAUUGCUCAGGAAAUAAAUUAUGAAGAUGAUAGUAGCGAAGAAGAAGAUGAAGAAGAAUGCCCUUACUGUAAUGCAAGUAUUAAAGGCGCCUCUCAAAUGGAUUUAUAUAUUUAUAGGAUUUAUGUUAUAUAG